AUGGCUUCAGCUAAGUUUGUUGUAUUCGCGGCUCUCUUGAUCGUAUUGAACAUGCACUGGGCUCAGUGCCAGUUCUACCCUGGAUAUGGCGGCUACUACCCACAAGUGAUUGGACGAGACAACGAUAAUGACCUGGACACCAUCCUGCCAAUCCUCAUCCUUGCCAUGUUUGGCAGAAAUGGCGGACUUGGCGGGGGUUACGGGGGUGGUUGCGGAUGUGGUGGUUGCGAAUAUUUCCCUGAAGUGGAAUAUCCAGAAAGCAUUGCGGAUUCAUCGAAGCCUUUUUAUAUGAACACGAGCCCGUUCUCUGAUGACGUUAAAUCAUCGUUUAAUUCUCUCAUCGCUCAGAGCAACAAGCCUAAGCCUGACAAAAGUCAAGAAAAAUUGUCGCCCUUAACACACAAAGUAAAAGUAACCGACGACGCAAAAGGAAAUGAAAUCAAUACGAAUAAUACCCGCACAAACGAAACCGUUCAAGAUGUUGCUAUAUUAGAUUUAGAGAACGAUACAGUCGAAUUGGGGGUUCUCUAUUCUGAUAAUACAACGGAUUACUUGUCAAAAACGAAUCAAUCGAAUGUAGAUUGUGAAGAAUGGGGUCUUGUUGCUGAAUUACUUAAAGACAUAGAUGAAUUUAUGACGAAUAUAACUAGUAUAGAAGAAGAAAUACAAGAUGGAAACAAUACUACAUUGGUAAGUGAAGCUGACGAAUCAGCAUUAAUAAGUCCAAACAAUGAGACUAUUGUUGAAUUCGAUGGAAAUUCAUUCAAUUCAGAAGGGCAUGAUCAAAUAAGGACGCCAUUAUUUGAGGGUUUGAACGCAAAUGAUACUGCAGCAAAUAUGACUUCAUUAUUUAAUGAAAAUAUUACAGAUACCAGUACUGAUACAGCUGAGAAUAUGCAAAGUGAUGUUUGUAACAUUGGGCCGAAUGCCAACGAAACUAAUACUUCUUGUACCAGUAGUUAA